AUGUACUGGCCAAAUGGAGUUCCGCGGGUCUAUGCGAUCAAUGGCCCAGGGAUUCCAAUUACUUCACAUAUCGAGCCCGAGGCGAAGGAGCGUGAGAUUGCUGAAGAGGAGAGAUCUGCAACGGAUCGCAAUGUUAAGGGAGAAGGGCCCGAAGCCGAGUCAGCCUGGGCCAAUGAGGCCAUCACUGGUCUGUGUAUUUCUCGGAGCGGUCACAUAUUUGCGACGAUGACCGACUCCUCGAUAGCUGUUUGGCAGACUAGACCUACCGCAGUUGUUGCUGCGAUUGCCCGCUCCGCCUCAUCCAUGAAGACAUAUGGGUCGAAUGUCACUGUUCUGAUGCAUCCGGACUCGACGAUACUUGCUGUGCAGACACUUGGUGGAUAUCUGCUUACUUAUACGAUUGCAACUGACCCCACCAGUCGCGUAUAUCAGCAACAUUUCGAUCAAUCGAGUCAGAACCGUCGUCAGCAACUCGCCCGACUGUCCGCUGAGGACGAUGCGAAUGCGGUGCGUGAUAUCAGCCUCCGCUUUCGGAUGGCGAUCAAGAUUGAAUCUGGUAUUGUCAAAGCUCUGGCUCUUGACCGGGAGCUGGUUGUAGCCACCGUCAAACCAGCGGCUGUCCAAUGCAUUCGGUGGGCUCCGGACGCAAGCGGAGCCCAGACCACAUCAGAGCUACUCAGUCGUAUUCUGAAUGUUUCGAAGCGCACCUCUAUCGCGGAUAUGGUCUACGAUCGCGCAAUCAAUCUAUUAGUGUGGAUUACCAGCGAGGGACAAGCGUAUGCCGUACAACGACUGCCGGAGAGCAGCAGCACGGCAGAAUCUCCAAGGAAACUUUUCCAAGGCCACUGCUUCCACGAUCCGAAGCAUGAUGGCGAACAAGCAGUCAAGGUCGCGAUCAAUGCCCGGUUUUCGUUGCUCACAGUGAACUGCGCCAAUGGUGAGAUCCUCGUCUAUACAGCAAAAGACUAUCUGGGGAAUGUUCCAUUCUCACACAAGCUCCAACUACCCGCUUCUCCUACUACUAUUGGCAGGUUGAAUUUUAUGUCCUACUCUCCGGAUGGAUAUUGUCUUUUUGCAGGCUAUGAUCAUGGCUGGACAACAUGGAGCGUAUUUGGCAAACCGGGUGGAAACAGCUUCUCGGUGGAUAGAUCACUCGCUGCAAACAAUUCUGAAGACUGGUUGACUGGGGUAUCCAAUGGAUGCUGGGUAGGCGGAGGGUCAGACAUACUAUUGACAGGGCGGAACGACCGUCGCAUAUGGAUCCUUGAAACAGCCCGAAGCGCUCUUACGGGCUGCUUUUCUUCAGCUAAUCUAGCCAGAGGCUUGUUACAGACUGGCACCGAAGUCAUUCUAUAUCGCGGCCAUGAUUUACCCGAUCUUAUGACAAUCUCAGGCAAGGAUUCACUGUGGCAUCAUGCACAGUAUCCUCCAGCAUACCUCCAUUCCCAGUGGCCGAUCCGCUCGAGCGUCGUCUCGCAAGAUGGGCGAUACAUAGCCAUUGCAGGUAGACGGGGACUGGCGCAUUACAGCGUCAACAGUGGUCGCUGGAAAGUCUUUGAAGAUUCGAAGACAGAAAAUUCAUUUGCCGUCCGCGGCGGCAUGUGCUGGUAUGGGCACAUUCUGAUUGCCGCUGUCGAAAGCGAUGGCUCCUACGAGCUGCGUCUAUAUUCCCGAGAACUGGCUUUGAAUAAACAUUCAAUAUUGCACACAGAACACCUUCCCUCGCCGGUAGUGUUCAUAGGGCCUUCUGGCGAAGAUUCCCUUCUCGUUUACACUUAUGAUAACGUUUUAUACCAUUAUAUCAUCAACUCGAUGCAGCAACGGAUAACCCUUGUCCCUGUUGGCCAGAUUGCGUUUAAUGGUAUUGUGCGGGCACCUACCCGAGUUCGGGCGAUUAGCUGGGUACUGCCGGAGGACCAGAUGCGAAACGGUGACCCGUCUCAGGAUGUAAAGGUGGCAUCGGUGCUGCUCUUGGUUGACGGAAACAUGGUUCUGUUACAACCCUCCUUGGCAGAAUCUGGCGAACUUAAAUAUGAUAUGCGGGUGAUUUCUCACGACGUUGAGUAUUAUAUCUUGAUGCGAGAUCAAUUCUCCUUCAAUUUUGCACCGCCGGUGGAUGAGUCUAUUCCAGCCAGCCCCUCGGCUGAGGCGGCAUUGAGUGCGUACCACCAUAGUGAUCAAUCACUCCGGGACUCCCUCUGGGUGUUCUGUGGCAAGGAAUUGCUCGUCUGGGGGGAUGUUCAUGACGUUCUGCAACGAGAGGAAGUGCCAAAGCCCAUACAAGUGCCUUUGGACUUCUACCCACUGUCAGUGCUGUUGAACAAGGGCAUAGUUUUGGGUGUCGAGUCGGAAAUGAUACAAAGACGUGAUGUCACAUUUGCCGCUCUGAAAUUCGCUAUAAGGACUCAUUUAUUCCUACCAUACGUCCUACAACAUGAUCUUAUCCGUGGAGACAUCGCGGCAGCACUCACACUAUGCCAACGUUUCUCCCACCUCUCAUACUUCCCUCAUGCCUUAGAAAUGCUUUUGCACCACGUCCUGGAUGACGAGGUUGAUAACGAGAGGAAAGAAAGCAAGACAGAUGAUCCCUCGCAAAGACACGAGCCACUAUUGCCAUCCGUCAUUUCAUUCCUUCAAGCAUCACUGCCGAUUAAAGUGUUUUUGGACAUUGUUGUCCAGUGCACGAGAAAGACCGAGCUUCGCUCAUGGCGCACACUGUUCAACCACUUGCCUCCUCCGAAGGAUCUUUUUGAACAGGCCCUGAGGCUCAACUCUCUCAAGACGGCAGUGGGGUAUCUGCUCGUCUUACAAGCCAUGGAGGACGAAGGCGAGGGUGGUCACGAGGCUCCAAUUGAGGACUAUGUUGUCCGUCUCAUUGGUCUUGCAUCGCAAAAUAGUGAUUGGGAGCUCUGUGGUGAACUGGCGCGGUUCCUAAUUGCUCUCGAUGCAUCUGGCGAUAUGCUUCGACGCGCUAUCUCGCGGGUCGGGCUGAGAAACGCAGUUCAAUCAGGAGGCGGGUUGAACUCGAACGGCUCGGGAAUCAGUGCCAAAGGAUUAGGCUUGGGCAUUUAUUCACCACCGUGGCCAACAUUAUCGCCAACAUCGUCCGUCUCCCCACACUCGCGACAACGGAUUACUCCAGACGACCAAGGGUCCCCUGUGGACAGCAUGGCAGACGAUCAGAGCACAUUCUCUGCGAUCAGUCACUGA